CUCAUCACCAGCUUCAUCAGCAUUGACAGAGCUGGCUGGGAGAGCAUCCCUACCUCCUUUAUCCUCUGCCUUGAUUAUUUGGUGAGCAAUUGCUGUCAUGGUGCCAAAUACUCCCUUUUUGGUUGCAUUCAGUUACACCCCCAGGGUUCGACCAGGGGCCGUACGAGCUCUCGCAGCACAGGUCCGCCACUACACCACGCCCGUCGAUCCCUCGAUCCCAGAGUCGAAACGAAAAUUCGUUCCAUGUUCGGGAGCAUACCCACUAGGUUUUCGUGUGUCAGGGACUCAUGUGGGAGUUAAAAAGUCCAAUAUUACCUUCCCAGAUCUGGCGAUUAUAUGCUCGGAAGAACCAUGUUCAGCGGCGGCAGUGUUCACAACAAAUAAAUUCCAGGCUGCACCUGUGCAGGUGAGUAAGCAAAUAAUCAAUGCGAGAUCAGGACGUGGGAUCCGCGCCGUUAUUGCAAAUUCCGGCUGCGCGAAUGCCGUUACGGGGAAAGGCGGUAUACAGGACGCGAAAUCCAUGAGUGCAAAGGUGGAUCAGUGCAUUGGGCUUAAAGCGACGGGCAAUGACGGUGAUUCAAGCACAUUGGUUAUGAGCACUGGCGUUAUUGGCCAGCGGUUACCUAUAGAAAAGAUUAUAUCCGGAAUUCCUACCGGUUACGCAAAUCUCUCCUCCACCCACACAGCCUGGCUAAAGACCGCCCGAGCGAUCUGCACUACGGAUACUUUCCCCAAACUCCUUUCCCGAUCCUUCACCCUACCCUCUUCUCCCGACCGCACGUACCAUAUAGCAGGAAUGACCAAAGGCGCCGGGAUGAUCCAUCCCAACAUGGCCACCCUCCUGGGUAUAAUCUGCACAGAUGCACCAAUCGAGGCCCCGGCCCUCCAAUCCCUACUCGCACAUUCCGUCUCCCGUUCAUUCAACUCCAUCUCCGUCGACGGCGACACCAGCACCAAUGACACCAUAGCCGUCCUAGCCAAUGGUGUCGCCGGCGGAAAGCCAAUCUCUUCUCCUGAAUCCCCAGAAUACACCGCCAUGCAGUCAAUCCUGACCAGCUUCACCCAAUCACUCGCACAGCUAGUCGUCCGCGACGGUGAAGGAGCCACCAAAUUCGUCACUGUGCGCGUGCGAAACUCUCCUUCCCACUCUGACGCCAAACUCAUCGCAUCAACCAUCGCCAGAUCUCCGCUUGUCAAAACAGCGCUUUACGGAAAGGACGCAAAUUGGGGUCGGAUCCUGUGCGCUGUCGGCUAUACCCAGGGCAUCAACUCUGGCACCGUCAUACCCGAGCGCACGAGCGUUAGCUUCAAGCCUGUCGACGGAAGCCCCGAGCUGAAGUUGCUAGUGAACGGGGAGCCAGAAGCUGUAGAUGAGGAGAGGGCAUCUGCGAUCCUACAAAAUGAAGACUUGGAAAUCGUUGUGGACCUGGGUGGUGGGGAUAAAGGCGAGGCAGGCAAAGGCGGAGAAGAUGGUGUAUUCUGGUUCUGCGAUUUCAGUCACGAAUAUGUUACUAUUAAUGGGGAUUAUCGAACGUAAAAAGCAUGAGCACGGAAUACCAUCCAAAGAAUUUCGAACGCCUCUCUCUUUAUCCCCUUUUGAUUGAGCAAGCUUAAAGUAUCCCAUGUUGGGCCAUUGCAUAGACAAGGUCUGUGUAGGUGCGCCUUGUACUUUUUUCUCAAGUCCAUCGCUUUCGCACCGGGUCCAUGAUCAUUAGUUUAUUUCAUCGAUUCGAACGGUUUGGCAUAUAUACACAGAUAGAAGACCUCGCUUUUAGGGUGCCCGCUCUGGUAGGAAGGAGGAAAAACGCAAAAUUUCAUAGAUAUUCGAACAUAA